AUGUCUGCUGCAGGAAGAGAGGCCGUAUUCCCAACCCGGCAGUCGCUGGGUUUAAUGAAGGGCAAACUGAAGGGUGCUCAAACCGGCCACGACUUGCUGAAGCGCAAGAGCGAGGCUCUGACCAAACGUUUCCGAGAAAUCACCCGCCGUAUCGACGAUGCAAAACGCAAGAUGGGCAGAGUCAUGCAGAUUGCUGCCUUCUCUCUGGCCGAAGUCAGCUAUGCCAUUGGAGGCGCUGGAAUUGGCUACCAGAUUCAGGAGUCCGUCCGCUCAGCUAAAUUCCGUGUUCGUACCCGCCAGGAGAACGUCAGCGGUGUCUUCCUUCCUCAAUUCGAGAGUUUCCAGACCGAGGGCAACAACGACUUUGGCCUGACUGGUCUGGGCAAGGGAGGCCAACAAGUCCAACGUUGUAGGGAGACUUAUGUUAGAGCUGUCGAGACUCUAGUAGAGCUUGCCAGUCUGCAAACUGCUUUCGUCAUCCUCGACGAUGUCAUCAAGGUUGUCAACCGAAGAGUAAACGCCAUCGAGCACGUCAUCAUCCCCCGCACAGAAAACACCAUCAAGUACAUCAACUCAGAGCUGGACGAGCUGGACAGAGAAGAGUUCUUCAGACUGAAGAAGGUAUCAGGCAAGAAGGAAAGAGAUGCCCAAGCAGAGGAGGCCGAACGUCAAAAGGCGAAGAAGGCCGCCGAAGAGAAGGGCGCCGACCCAUCAGCCGACGAUGGACCCCAAGACAUUCUGGGAGGAGGAGAGGAUAAUGAGGAUGUCAUUUUCUGA